UCACGUUAUCACACAUUUUUAUUUCGAAAUAAAUGUCGGCAGCGUACACAAACAUUAACAAGGGCGAGGAGGGAAAGCGGAUGCCCCAGACCACAAGCCGUCGGUGGCUGGUUGCAUCAUGACAUGAUCUGAACGUCCCAUGAUCUGGGUCGAAGGGGAACAGUCAUGGAGUAUGAAUUCAUCUCUUGACAAGGAGAAUGGAUCUUAAUAUGAACGUGAUCAGUCAUCAAAAGUUGUUAGCUAUGAAAUAUGGCUUUUGGCCAAAGGGAAAAAGUUUCAAAGCAAGGAGUUCAAAAGUUUAUGCAAAAAAAGCUUUUCAAAAUUUUGGUAUAACAAACUUUAAGGCGAAUGAAACAGAUGAUGGAAAAGAUUCACAGAAACAAAUCAAAAGACUGAUUUUGAAACAUCCGAAAGACUGACAAUAUUUAAUCAAAAUCCAGACACAGUCAUGCAGGAAGAACUUCUGUCCCAGGUUGGACCGUCCAAAGAGGAAAUGUCAGAUCUGUUCGAAGAAGAAUUCAAAUUGACACCUCUUGAAAACAUCGAUCUGGACGACUCUGGAAACGUUUUGAGCGACCAGAGUUGUUCUUCUUUCCUUGAAAGUUCUGAUCCUACAACCCAAGACUGCAAAAAAACACAAGGACUGAAAUCGAACGGUGACCUCGAGAAUCGCCAAGCCGGGAAGAAAUGGGGCGACAGGUAUCUACCUCAGUUCAAGAGUAAAGUCAUAAGCUUUGCCUUGAAAAACUCCAUCAGGGAGGCCGUCUCUGUAUUCAAAGUAAACAAAGGCACUGUUGCCGACUGGUUGAGAACAGUGCCAAGAAAGGAGAAGGCCAAACCAGAAGAAAACAUUUUUCACCCUGAUGUUGAAUUUUUAAAAUGGCUACACACUGAAAGAAUAUGCGGCCACCUCAUCACAAAAGAAGAGCUCGGGAACAAAAUAGCAGAAUUAUUUUCAGCAAUUUGUAAUAUGAGAUCUACAAAAACAAACCUGUGGUUCUUUAAAUAUGCAACAAGACUGCAGAGCAAGACUGAAAAAGGCCGCAUAACAUACCCAAGGAAAUUCAAAAAGGAGAUUGCCCUCCUAUGCAACGAUUACUCAAAAAAGAAAGUCGGGAUGAUUUUCAAGAUUGACAGGAAAAGAAUAACUGAGUGGAUCGAAUGUUACGUUAAAGAAGAGAAGCCUGAAGUUGUGAAAAGAGAGCCAAAGCAUUAUUUGACUGAUGAAAAGGUAGACAAUGCUAUUUGGUCUUGGUAUCAGCAACAAUCGACAAAACCAAACAGCCGCCAGAUUAGAGAAACAGCUUUAAAGAUGUAUCAUGCUGCUGGCCAUACAGGGAUGACUUGCAGCACCGGGUGGUAUUAUAGAUGGAGAAAACGCUACUCACUUGUAACAUGUACACUUGAAAAGACAAAUCAAGACAUAGAUCUGCUCAUUUGGGUUUUGGGCGAGUUUGAGCGAAACAGGACAGUCCUUCAUGCUGACUUGCUGAACCAAGCGGCAUUGCUUAAUGACACUGGCUUAAAGCCUUCUCCAAGUUGGGCUGUGAGGUUUUCCAAGAGGUUUAUGAAGAUCCUCCAGCAGUUUCCAAGUCCUCUCAUUGAACUGCCAGCAAUCUUGGAAAGACAAUGCUUUAGCUUCCAAAACAUGAUAGCAACUGUCAUCGCAGACAGGAAACUGCCUGCUGACUUGAUUGUUGCCAUCGAUGAAAUCCCUUUGAAUUUCAUGACUUCUGGUUCGACAAAAUCGGUUACUCUGUUGAGGAAAUCAGGCUUCGACAAUUCCCACGCUUCAUUGAUCAUUUGCUGCAGGGCUGAUGGAACAUUUCUGCCAACAACUCUCAUCACCAAAAGCCCAAUUAAAAUUGAGUAUACAGAAGGUAAAACAUUGUGCUUCAGUUUAGUGCAAGAAAAUGGAAUCAAUGACAAAAUAAUAAUGGAAAAGUGGUUUUUCUCAAUGAUCCCUUACAUCCCAAAGUCGUCCACAGUGAUAUGUGAUAUUUAUGAGCCUCACUUAGACUUGGACAGGCUUUGUCGACAUCACGACAGCUUUGAAGUCGCAAUAAUUCCAUUGGGCUGUUCCCCAAAGUUGCAGCCGAUUGCGUUUGGUAUAGCCCAGAAAUUCAAGGAUGAAAUUGAGAAGCAAUGGCUCAAAUGGCAGCACGAGUGUAGUUGGAAAGCGAAGGGUAUCAAAGUCCCGUCAAGUUCUGACAUGUUCACAUGGGUGGAAAAUGCUCAUAAUGCUUUAGCAGAAACUGAAAAAAAAUUUGUUGAAGAUUGUUUCUUCAAAGCCGGGUACUUCCCAUUUGAUGGAGAGGUAAAAGUUUAGUGGUUUUAGCAGCAUAUAUGGUAUAAAGAAGUCACUAAGUUAAAAAAGUUUUUAAAAAACACUUUGUAAUCAAUCAUAAAGACUAAAUUUUAUUGAUGUAUGUUAAUAGGAAUAUGUAAUUAUAAAUAGCUUAAUUAUUUAUUCUAAAACAAAGACUUGAUUGGAGGGACAAUUUUCUCAAGAACCAUGGAGUCCAAUUUCUAAAUGUUCACUCUAAACCAUUUUAAGAGACUGCAUUUUAUUUAAACAUAAUUUUAAUACUGUAGACUAACUUUAAAAUAAUUCAGGACUAAUGUUGAGACUGUUUUUUGGACUGACUUUCAUAACCAACAGAAUUUUGAUGUUGAUAAUAGACUAAACUUUUAAGUACCUUUAUUUAAUACCUGAGUAAACUUUUAAAUUUGCUAAUAUUUACCUCAUUUUAAGUUGUCACAUAUGUUUUAAGAGAUUUAUAAAUUCAAGAGAUUGUUAUGUUUCGUAUUUUUAAUUUUAGAUUAGAGUUAUUAAAAAUUAAUCUGCGUACAAAAAUUGUUAUUUGUAUUUAACAAAACUUUUAAUCAUCUCAGAGCUAUGCUGAUAAAAGAGUAAUAACUUAUUAAAAAUCACUUGUACCUUAUUAACUAUGGCUAGUUCUGCUUGAACUUGAUACUCUAUAAGUUUUGGGCAUAAAAUGCCACAUUGUUUGUUAUUCACAUUAAAUUUAUCACUUUUGUGUUGUUUAUUUAUGUAUUUUCUUGAAAUGCAAAAAUUAUUUAUUAAUUGUCAAAUUCAAUUUACAGUUCUUCUAAAGAAUAAAUUAAUAAUCUUUUAACUUAUUGUGUUGUAUGUCUCAUAGUUCACUUUUAUCAUUUUUUUACAAAUACCUGAAAAACAUUGUAAUUAGUAUCCCGGUGUUAAUUUAAUAUCAACCUUUCUUAUAUUAAACAUUAAAAAACCUGUCAAUUAAUAAAAAUAGUUUCUAGUUGAAUAUAUUCUACUUGUUUCAAACAUCCAGGGAGAAUUUUUCAUAAAUUUUCUUAAACAAAUUCUCAACUCUGUAUUCCACAAGAAAAUUAAGCAAUUUAGUGCACAAUGUCGUUUUAUAACUUGUAUAAACUUUCAUUUUUGU